CAGGUUGAAUUGGAGGCGUGUGCUGUAGCAGUGGGAGCGCGCAGAGGAAGGGAGGGCAAUCUUGUCCGGACGCUAAUAAGACCCAAUGGCUGGUGCAAGGUGGCCAGGAGCUCUGAAACGCGACAGAGGACUGUGGAAGAAGGAGAAGGGAAGGGGAAAAAAAAAAAAAAAAACUCCAGAGAGACUUUGGUGGAUGGACAAAGAGGAUGAGAGCGCCACAGUAGCGUCUGUGCGAAGUGUCUGUUUGGCUUUUGGUGUUUGUCGUUGAAGGAAAUGCGUGGAGAGAGACGCGGCACCCUGAGCCACUGACCCUUGGGAACUCCAACCCUGUUCCCACCCAAUGAAGCAGUCCUGGUGGGCCCACCUGGCACAGCUUGGCCUGCUCGCUGUGUGGACCUGCAUAUGGCUGGUCCAGGGAUGCGGGCCGGGCCCGGGGUACGGCGUCCGGCCCAGGUCAAGGAAGCUCACAGCCAUGCACUACAAGCAGUUCUUCCCCAACUUCUCCGAAAACAACCUAGGUGCCAGCGGGAGAGCAGAGGGCAAGAUCACACGAAACUCUGAGCGCUUCAAUGAGCUUGUGUGCAACUACAAUCCAGACAUUGUGUUCAAGGAUGAGGAGAACACCAACGCAGACCGCUUCAUGACCAAGCGCUGCAAGGACUGUUUGAACAGGCUGGCGAUUGCAGUGAUGAACCAAUGGCCUGGGGUUCACCUUCGUGUGACGGAGGCCUGGGACGAGGAUGGUCACCACCCCGCUGGCUCUCUGCACUAUGAAGGCCGGGCAGUCGAUAUAACCACAGACGACCGAGAGACGGAAAAAUACGGUCUUUUAGCCCAGCUGGCUGUGGAGGCGGGCUUUGACUGGGUCCACUAUGAGUCUAAAUAUCACAUCCACUGCUCAGUAAAAGCUGAUCACUCUGUUGCAGUGGAAAAAGGUGGCUGUUUCCCCGGCUGGGCCAGGGUGACUGUGGCUGGAGGGGUGCAGAAGAGCCUGUCCUCACUGGCACCUGGGGACAGAGUCAUGGCCCUAUCUGGGACAGGCCAUGUGGUGUUUAGCCAAGUCCUCCUGUUUUUGCACCGGGACCAAAAGAGCUGGUCCACUUUCCUGUCUCUGGAGACAGAAGACAGGCAGAGGCUGACGCUCACUUCACACCAUUUGGUCUUUUUAAGCCCAAAUUGCCGACUGGACAGGGAUGAGUACCAGGCUCAGUUUGCUAGCAGAGCCAAAACAGGAGGCUGUGUUCUCAUCCACACAGCAGAGGGUCAAGUAUGUCCAUCUCGAAUCAUCUCGGUGUCAGAAGUGGAGAGUGUGGGAGUAUAUGCGCCCUUGACAGAAGCUGGGACUCUGUUUGUUGACGGGGUGCUGGCAUCCAGUUAUGCACUGGUAGAGGACCACAGACUUGCACACUGGGCAUUUGGACCUGUGCGACUCCUCUCGUCAUUUAAACAGCUCAUUUUGGGGGACACAGGACAUACACAGCAAAGCACAGACAGUGAAGCAGCUAACCCUGAGACUUCAUUGCAUUGUAGCACUUCAGUCACAAAGGACAGAGCAGAUAGUUUUAUGAAUAAUGACAUUCUUAACAAACGACACAACCUGAGUCAACCUCUGAGGAUGGAAAUAAAGGAGAAGCACUCUUUACAAAGAACAUCAAAUGUGCACUGGUAUGCUAGAAUACUGUACAGUUUAGGAUGCAUCUUUUUCGACUCACUUCGUCCUUAAAAGUCUAUAACCAUGGAUUUUCAUGUUGCACUGAUAAAUGUUACUAGUUUGAUACACUAGCGCUGUUCUUUUCUUUAAUAAAUUAAAAGAACUGAAGGAGCUUGCUUCCAAUUUCAUUGUUGUUUGCAUUAUAAUGUAGCAUACUGACUUACAUGCUAAUACUGAUGUCAUGUUUUAUGAGGCUGAGUUUUAUAAACAAAACUGUAGUAGUAGAAAAGAGUUACAUAGCGUAUAUGUACAGCAUAUUUCUUAUAAUUAUUUUGGUUAUAUAUGUGGAAAAUUGUAUUCUACUGGGAUAGAAAUUAAUUUUCCAACCACAGAAUUUUUAUUUUUGUACCUUUUUGAAUCAUAAUAUAUAACUGUUGCAUUUAACCAUUCCACUACAUGUAUUGAUUUGUCCUUGUGUAAUAAAACAGUUUAAAAUGUCAA